AUGGAUACUAAAACAUUGGCUCCUAAGCGGUCUGUGAUUUACCUGAACCCGUAUGUCAGGAAUUCCAUAAACGAAACCCCGUAUUUUUGUAAAACUAAUGGAAAUGAUAGUGAUAAGAGAAAUGGUACAAGUUUGAGCCACUUAAAAAGGUAUAAACCUUCCGGAGACUCUGAUAAAAGUUCAUCAAACCAGCCUGAUGAUGCUUCCGAAUAUGCUGAAAAUGGUGCCAAAAGAGGCCCGGGAGGCUCCAAAAGAAUUAAUCGGGAGAUAUCCAACGCCUUGAAAAAAAAGGUGAACAAACACAUUGGAGGUCAGUUUGAGUACAGUAAGCGUCUGUUUGUUUCAACGCUGUGGGCUUACCUAGAUAUCGAAGACUCGGCGAAAAUUGAUGAUGAUAAGUUCAACUGUUUCAGACUACUCUUUGGACCAGAAAAUAUUAAACACAAACUCUUCAAUCUUGGUAACAAAAAUGGGAAACCAACCAAUAGUCCCCAAAAUAAGAAAAUUACAAAGAACGGUAAUAACGGUAAUAGCAACCAUGAUGAAGAGAUGGAGGACAUCACUUCAGAUACGAAAAGCAGUACCACAAGCAGUUCAGAGAACGAAAUGGAAUCACCGAUUUCUAAUAAUACAUCCGAAGGUAAACAAUUAAAUGGUUCUGAUAAACCUAAAAGUACAAAUUUCGAUUAUUUCUUGGACAAAAGUUAUCCUUUGUCACCUGAAUUUAAACUAUUAAGGAAGUGUAAUUCGUUUUUCGAAAGGCAUGGACUUGUGACUAAGGUGAGGAAGUUGCCCCUGGAUUCUUUUGUUGAUGUUUUGGCUUUAUCGAGGCGUACUUCAAGGGUUCCAAUCACGACGCCCUCGUACCCUUCAUACCACUUCAUUUCAAGGCAACGACGACACAUGAUUGAACAAGUGAUCCGUUCAAAAUCUUUUUUGGAGACUGAAUUUAAUAGACACUCAGAUCCCAGAAACUCAAGAUCGCCCUUUUCACUCUUUGAAACUCACCCCAAGACCUUAUCAUACCUACAAGAUGUUGUUAAUGAUCUUAACGACCAAGAUUUCACAGAUUUAUUAUAUUUAAUCAUAUAUUCUAUGAUACUUAAUACAUGUUUAGGGUUGUUUAUAUCAGUUAGUACGAAGCCGUUCAAGUCUAAUACCCAGUUUGGUAAGAUCAAGAGAACGAAGCUGGUGGCCUGGGGCUUAGUUGAGAUUCUGGAAACCAAUGAACGCUCACUAAAAUGUAUUUGGGUCAAUCCAAUGAUUUCAGCAAAUGGAACUACAGACCUCCUGAGGUCAUUUCUCCCAUUCAUCAUCAUGUCGUCCUUUUCAGUUAGACCGCCAGAAAUUGAUUUCAACCACAAAAUGAUGUUCUACUCAUGGUUGUCUGAUUUUGACUUAUUCCCAAGACAGACACUGGUUUUACUUACAAGUCCAUACAGAUUCGCACUUGAAAAACACUACGAUUGCUCUGAACGCACACAAAUCCAUACCUGCUCAACACACUCAGUGUACUACGGCACAUACUUAUACGAGCAUAAUUCUACAGAUAACCCAAAUUCUGAACCAUCGUUUUCUCCUGAGAAUGACGACUUGCCCGAAGAAGAUGAGUACCAGGACGCCAUGUACAGGAAUUACCUAAGUGAAUAUAAGAGUUACAUUUCAAACGACUUAAAAAUGUGUAAAUGUCAUGAAAACCCUAACUGGAACGACCUGGACCAGGUGUUGUUUUGUUGCACAGAAAAGACUUUCCUUGACUCGAUUCCCAGAUGGCUCCAGUUAAUUAAGAGAACACGCUCAAAGUACUUGGAAAAUGACAUCAAAAGAGUAGUCACUCAUGAAAGCUGUGAUAUUGAGAGUCCCCAAGAGAUUCGAGCUGCGGAAUUCGCAGGCCUCGACAAUAAACACAUCCAGGAUUUAAUGGCGAAUUUGUAUGGUAGCAAGUGGACGCACCGGUUCAAGCAGAAGUACGUAAAGAUAUUCAAGUCAGAAGACAAUAUUUCAAAAAAUUACAAUCAGUCAGAGGCUGAAGCUGUUAAAUGCAGAAGGGUUACCCACAACUAA